GUAUGACAAUGCAUUAUGAAUAUCAUAUUUAUUCAAGGCAGUCAUUUCAUGGCUACUACUACAGUUGGAGUGGUUCGUGGACUUCCUCACAAAAUAUUGAAUUCUAAACAUGUUCUGAGUACUGCACCUAGGGUUUCUUUCUACUUAUCAAGUACCAGCUCAAUGUCUGAAAAAACUUCACACUAUGCAAAACUGCCAUCUUUGCCUGUUCCAAAGCUUAACCAAACCCUGGAACAAUACAUAAGGACUGUGAAACCCUUAUUGACAAAAGAUGAGUUUGUCAUUACAGAGCAAGUGGCAAAGAACUUUGGUGCUCCUGGUGGUGUAGGGGAAAAGCUACAGCAUAUGCUGGAAGAAAAAGGUGCAAUUGAAAAAAAUUGGCUUAGUGAAUGGUGGCUUGAUUCAGCAUAUUUAAGCUACAGGCUCCCAGUACUAGUUCAUUCCAAUCCUGCUCUGGUCUUCCCUAAACAGAGCUUUUCUUCUCAAAACGAACAAUUAACUUAUGCAGCCAAGCUCAUUAUUGGUGCGCUUCGCUAUAAAGCAAUAAUCGAUGGAGCAAAAUUGGAACAAGACUAUUUGGGGAAAAGCCCACUGGACAUGUCGCAAUAUACCAAAGUAUUCAGUGGAUGUCGGAUUCCCGGAUUAACAGUAGACAGUAUUCGUCACACAUCAGGAUCUAACCACAUCAUCGUUGUUCACAACAACCACUUUUUUAAAAUGGUGGUAUAUGGGGGAGAUGGACAAAUGCUGGAUGAUAACGAUAUUCUCAACGGAUUGAUGCACAUAGUUAAGAACUCUACUGGCCCUGCGGAUGGUGUUGGAUUUUUGACGACGGAAUGCAGAAAUGUUUGGGGCAUAGUUAAUCAAGAAUUGAAAAAAGACCCUUUGAACAGUGCGUCUUUACAAGCAAUUGAAGAUUCCAUUUUCGUCAUGUGCCUUGACAAGGCGAGCAAGGUCGAGAACGAUGCUACAGCUAGCAGUCGCGUGGCUUUGCAACUACUUCACGGUUAUGGGGCGGAAAAUAAUUCGGGAAAUCGUUGGUUCGACAAAACUUUGCAGCUCAUUGUGAGUGAAGAUGGAGUAAAUGGCCUCUGUUAUGAGCAUGCUCCUACUGAAGGACCCCCAAUUGCUAACCUUGCUGAUUUCAUAGUAAAUUACGCAAAGGGGAAAACAGUGGACAAUGAUAAAGAGCGUUCAACUCCUAAAUCUGAACUACUAACCUUUAACUUGUCUGCUUCCGUUGAUGAGGCUGUACGAUUGGCGAAGCGGAACGUGGACAUAUUGGUUCAAGAUGUUCAAAUGAAUUCCUUCACCUUUGAUAAAUUUGGAAAAGAAGAUAUUAAAGCACUCAAAUUCAGCCCGGAUAGUUUUAUACAAAUAGCAAUUCAAAUGGCAUUUAUCAGGCUACAUGGACAUCCUGCUGCCCACUAUGAAUCUGCUUCGACUCGAAGAUUCCAUGGAGGACGAACAGAGACUAUUCGAAGCUGUUUACCAGAGAUCGUUGAUUUUGCAAAGGUCCAUUUGAAACCAAACCAAAGUCCCCAAGAAAAAUAUAAAGCUCUACAAACAGCUAUUACUGCCCACAAAGCAUAUGUCGGAAUGGCUAUAAAUGGCCAGGGUAUUGACCGACAUCUUUUAGGUUUGAAAAAACUUGCUAUAGAAAAUGGAAUUGAUAUCCCUACAUUGUAUCUUGAUCCUGGCUAUUCAACAUCGAAUAAUUGGCGUUUGUCAACCAGUCAAGUUGCAGCUGUCAAUGAUAUGGUCAUGUGUUAUGGACCAGUUGCACCAGAUGGAUAUGGAUGCUGCUACAACCCUCGUCGUGAUGGAAUAAAUUUUGCUGUUUCUGCCUUCAAUUCAAAUCCCACCACAUGUGCCAACAAGUUUGGGGAAACACUCAAGGGUUGUCUGGAAGAAAUCAGGAAUAUUGCUACAAGUUCUAUGCAAAAGGGACAAGUGGUAGCAAACCUUGAAAAUUGCCGAUUAAAAAAGUGGACGACCAGCCGUUCAUGCGACCAAUUGAAUAAAAUCAAUCCUAUCAUAAUUUAAUGCCCAAGUCCAACCGAAGUCUUUGCAUCAGCCAGUCACAACUGAACGAACUAACAACUAAGUCAAGAAUAAGACCAAAACAAAACAAAACCGUCUGCAAUCCGGGGUUGCAUUUUACAACAAAUCAAUAUUAGAAAUAAAUUAAUGAUUUUUUUAAAAUAUAAAAAAGAAGGCAAAUUUGUCUUCGUACAACUGUAUUUUUCAUUUAUCCGCGUAUGGAUCAGGAAUACAUUUAAUCGCAAAGUAACAUUCAAACAUCUUGACAACUCAAAUAGACUAGGCAACUCGCAUAGUGAUUUUAGAAAA